AGACCGGUUUCACAGCGUCUGGGAAAACGAGCUCCAGACCUGAAAAACAAAAUUCACCUACAAAAAUAUGGCGGACUGGUCCAAGACCAGUGACAGAGGCAACAAUAACAACAACCGCAACCACAACAAUAAUAAUAAUAUUAAUCGUGAUCGUCAUAAUCGAACUGGCGAUGUCCAACAAUAUCGCCAUUUUCACAAUCGUAAUCGAGAUUUUCGCGAUAGUCACUGCGAUGUGCCCAACGAUCCACCAUUUAUCGCAUUUGUUGGCAAUCUGCCCAAGGGGCUCGUCCAGGGCGAUGUUAUGAAGAUAUUCGAGGAUUUCGAGGUGAAGAACGUGCGCCUAAUCAAGGAUCGUGAAACGGAUGAGUUUAAGGGUUAUGGUUAUGUGGAAUUCACCACACUCGAUCAACUGAAGCGUGCUCUUUCCCGCAAUGGACGCAUUAAACUCGAUAAUUUAUCGGCCCCGUUGCGCAUCGAUAUUGCCGAUCAUCGGCGACAGAGCGGCUCAGGGGGUGGACCGGGUGGAGGAGCUGGUGGAGGUGGUGCAGGAAGAUCUGCCUCGGGCAGUUCUAACAACAACAACAAUAAUCAACGGCGUAAUUAUAGACGCGAUGAUAGUCCGGGUCGCUCCUCGACCAGUUCCAGUUUCCGCCCGGAUCGCCAGGAGGGCAGUCCUCGACCGAGUGGCUAUCGCGGGGGACGCGGAGGAAGAGGGCACAGGGGUGGAUUUGGGCGAGCUCGCUUUAACAAUGAUGGCAACGAUGGCAGCAAUAGCAGCGAUUAUGGUUCGCUGGGCGGGAAUAGUUUGGGCAGUCCCCGUCAAAAUGUGGAGCCACACAAAUCAUCCACUAGUUUCCAGAGUAAUCGCAGUUUUCCACACUACUCGGGUGGCAACUACAAUAAUCGUUACAAUAAUCGGAAUAACAACAACAACCCCAACAACAACAACAACUUCAGACGUGGUGGAGGUCAACGUCAGCGCAGCAUUAGCAAUGACAAUGGACACUAUUCGAAUUUCGGGCAGAAUCGCACAAGGGAUCGUCGUCGGCACUAUAAUCCCAAUGAUAUAUAUCCACAGUCGCCACCGGCAACGAGCAGUGCCAGUCUCGACGAUGAGGAUCGACCAAAGAUAGUGCUCCAACCCAGAUCGGUGACUGAACCGAUUAAUGCUCUGGCCGAGACAAAGCAAUCGGCGAGCAUUUUUGCAGGUGCCAAGCCGCGCAUUAAUCAACAAUCUCCGACACCACAAAACGAGGAUGGACAACCCGGUGGCAGCAACCAGACAGAGAAACCAUUAUAAAUACCACAUACUCAACAACACGGGUUAGUUUAGCGAAAAUUACUUAAUCACCAAUUGAACAAGAUCCAAACAAAAAGAGCAGCAGCAUCGAAAAAAAGAAGAAAAAACCAUUCGCAUUCGGAUAUUAUCUACAAUACUCUACAGAUAUACCCUGACUACACUUUCAAUCUAGAAAAUUAAUUUGGGCGGUUGGUUGUAUACAAUAACAAACUUGCUUGGAUAUGUCUGUGUUAGUUUCUACCAAAAUUCGACACUCUCAUUUUGAGUCGUAAGUCAGCGUUUAUUAUAGAUUUAAUAUUUACAGGUGAACAAAUAAAUUUUAAAAUAUUUUAUUA